AUGAGAUAUCCCCCGCGCAGUGGUAUUGGUAGGAUGUCAUAUUUUUCUUUUCCCUUUUUGCGGUGCACGCGGCGCGUGCACAUUUUUGUUAUUGCAUUGGUUUGUGUGUUUUUUAUUGCUAAUGCCACCGUUUUCGUUUUUCGCCCACAGGGGCAAUCUUUUUGGGGAGCCCCUGCUGCUGCGGACAGCGCAUCGAUACGGCUGGACGUGCCGAUUUCUUCGGUGCAGCUGCUGGCCGACGUGCUGGCUCGGUUUCCAAAUGCAAGGAUGGUUUUUGAACGCAUCUACAGUAUCCGCACUGAUUCUGCGCGUCUCUUGAUUCCUCCAGAGUUUCACGCGAGAGCGGAGAGCAUGUUUUCUGGCUACAGGGGAACACGCGAAGAUCUGCUGCGGGAUCUCGAAAAUCAGAGUGUGGUGGAGGUUUUUAAUCGUGUUACCGGUGAAAUGGCGCUUUUUAACGAUAUCCGCAGAUUUAGGCCCGGCGGCGGCAGCAGCACUGGCAGUUGUGCGGAGGAAAGGCGCGUAGUGGCCAAGCUUUACACAGAGGGCAGUGGGGCCGAGCUGUGCGACUUCUGCAACGAGCGACGCACAGCCCGCGAUGUAUUUGGCCGAAUAGACGGCAAAUAUUCAUACACCGCGGCGAAUGUCGCCAAGCUUAGUAAGUGGCACAGUCUUAUAAUCACAAAGUUGCAUGACCCUUUGUCCGUGGGCGAGGAUGUCAUUGCGGACAUCAUUGAUGUCUCUCACAGAUGGUUCAAAAGGGCCCAUCGCGAGGAUCCUCUUUAUAUGUACCCGAAUAUUAUUUGUGAUGCCGGCAAAAGAGCGUCUGCUUCCCAAGUUCACUUUCAUCUGCAGAUGGCUUUAACGAGAGACCAUUAUUUCUCCGGUACUGAGCAGCUUCGGCGUGCGGCAGCGCAAUACUCGGUGCGCCAUGGGACUAGUUACUGGGGAGAUGUUAUCCGUUUACAUGAAAUGAUUGGUCUUUCUGUUACCGUUGGGGACAGUGUUGUGUUUUCCAACGUGUGCCCUCGAAAAGAGAGGGAAAUAAUUGUUCUAAGCAGAAAUCCUGAGGAUAUCUCGUUUGCCCGCGCUGUUGCCCUUGCAUUGAUGACACUUCGCGAUGCCGCUGGUGUGCAAAGCUUUAGCUUUGCCAUUUCUUAUCCGCCUCUGAAUGCGGCGAAUAAUUACAGUCUAGGGGAAGUACCGGCGAUUUUCCGUGUGAUUGACCGUGGUAGUGCCUUGGACCCGCGCAGUGACACAGGGGCAUUGGAAUACUUUGGGAGCCCAUAUAUUGCAGCGGACCCCUAUGCUAUCCUUCCCAAUUUGAUUGCAGCGAAUAAACGUUUUACGUUGCAUGAGUAG